AUGUCUCACAUGCCUGAGGCCGGCUGGAAUCUUGUCAAACCAUGGGCUACGGAGAAACGGAAGGGCUUCUUUGCGGGCGAUGCCGCAGGAGGAAAAAUAUAUCAGGACAGAUUUGUUACACCCGAACAGGGAAUAUACUUUAUUGCACUAAAUUUACAACUGACAAAUGUAACUACUGGCAUCUUAAAAGCAAGUCUGGUAAUUAAUGACGAGUUUGAAAAAAAAAACGGAUUCGAAGGUUUUGUUGGAAAGACCACGUCAACAGAAACCGUAAGUAUGUCUGGAUUUUUGCUUCUUUAUGAGAACGACGUCAUAGCUUGCUACCUUAGUGGCUCAGCGGGAAUCCUGUUGUCUGACAGCACCUUUUCAGUGAUGAAGAUGUCACGAAUAGGUUCUGUCCCAGGUUUUCACGCUGUAUUAUCACGUGACCAAGUUAUUGAGCCUCACACCACCAGCCGACUUAACUACUGGAGAACCAGUGGGUCCAAAGGUUUAUUUGUGAUGCAGAGCGGCACUUCACCUUCUGUUGGACUAUAUUGCUCAAUUGUUGAUGGAAUUCACAAAUUUACAUCAAACAUAAACCUCGAAUCCAAAACCCAAUCGACGAGCGUGGAUGUAAGUAUUGUUUUAAACUCAAAUACUACUUUGGUGAAGAGGUACUCGUCCGGAACAAAUAGAUAUUCCACUAGUGUGUCCGGAAUGUUUAACUUGACACGCGGAGAUUGUGUUGAGAUGAGGAUUGAGUGUACCGAUGAGGGACUCCCUGUAGUCUUAACAGGCACUAGUUUUUCAGGCCUUUUUCUUGAUCGACAAAUGGAGACUAAUCGGCAAUUCUCCGGAAGUUUACCUUCCCACAAUCAAUUGCAAAUGAGUCCUGGAUGGAAUAAGGUACAAAACUGGAUCGUUAACUAUUCAAAAAGGAACUUUCCAUCACUAGAGACGAUUCUGAAAAACAAUCAUAGCAAGUUCAUGCCGGACACUAGUGGAGUGUUCAUUGUGGUAGCUGUCAUGAAUAUAAAUGCCUCAACAGAAAGUCAGAGUGACUUACGAUUGCUUGUCUCAGUCACUGAGCCUUCAUCUGGUAACAGCGGACUAUUGGCGGCAUAUUCAUUCUCUUCAAGUCUCAGGUCAUUAAUUGUCAGCGGUCUUGUUUCGCUUAACAAAGGUGAUUCAUUAAGUGUUUACGUUUAUGGCGAUUCUCGUGAAAGCGAUAUGGUGGAUGGACUGUUUUGUGUUUCUGCUGUUCCCUACGACUGGCCAGGUGUUGCAGCUUCACUUACAGAAGCCAUUCCUCUGAAUUUCCCAGAAUGGACGAAAAUUACUGAAUGGAAAACUAACGGUGUUCCUGGGUUGUUCUCCUUCGACAAUGCAUUCUUUCCAACCAAAGGAGUUUAUCGGCCACAUCAAGAUGGAUCGUACUUUGUGUCCUGCAAUGUAAUUUUUGCAGGUGAAGGCAAGGGGUAUUUGUCAGCUAUAAUUGCUAUCGACGACUCAUUAGAUCCCAGAAAUGGACUUUACGCAUUAGAUGAAAAUCCUAAAAGACUGGUCACCCUUAAUAUGGCUGGUUCCAUAGAACUUAGAAAAGGUCAAAAUGUCUCGGUGUACGUCAAAACUACAGCAUCGUCAUCCUGGAACGUUUCUAUUGAAACAGGCUUUUCAGUGGUGUUAAUUGGAGCAGAUUCUCUUGCUACCCCAGGAAUCUUAGCAGGUAAGGCUAAUUAUACCUGUAUGUAUCUACACGCGCCUGAUUUACAACAUACAUCACAGUGAUUACAUUUACAUGCGUUACAUCACAUCACCUUCCUUUACUACAUUCUACCUCAUAAACACUCAGUAAUCUUCCUGAUUGAAGGCAUCUGAUUAGUUCGCGUUGUCAUGUAUGUGGCGGAUGAUUGGUGAUCCUGAGGCAUGAAACAAAAUUGGUAGUAUUAACUUGCAUUGGAUAUUUAGGCUGAUCCAAAAACCACGAAGAGUGUAACAAAAUUUGGUCUAAAAUACUUUACUGGUAAGAACAUUUUUCAUAUCAGGGAAGGUGCAGUUUCGAAAUAAAAUAAUGCUUUCAUGAUGAUCAUCGGAAAUGCAUGUAAUCUUUAUAGUGUUUGCACCUGCAAUUUUUCUCCAAUUCGAGUAAUUCACUCAGCAGUCUGCUUUGCCGAUGGAGAGGAAUUUCGUAUGUACCUUUUUUGAACGAUGAAAUUAAACAAAUUUCUGAGCGGUAUACGGCCCAAAGAAGACGAUUUAAGCUAUGGCAGUUGGGCAAUCGCUAACGCAAUCGGAGGUGGCACUGACAGACAACAAGGCAGAAUAUUAAAAGCCCUUAUCUAAUCCUUGACUCGGGUCUUACCAUCGUCAAGAUCUUGUCAUGCUUAGGAUCAAUGUAGUUUUUAUUUCCCUGUUACUACUAACUACUUUGGAUUCGCUAUAACUUUUUGAAACUAACUAUCUGUAAGAGGUUGAGAGGAAAUUUCUUUUGGUAUGUUCCCUCUCUCAAUAUCGCUAAUAGUCGCGGAACAUUUAAAUAAAGGCACAUCUUACUACUGGUCACCUCGAUUUCAAAGGAUAAUUGAUAAUUUUAACGUAUGGGAACUACUAAACUUGAACUGUUCUGGUUAAAUGUUUGGGAAUUAUUUAGGCCAGUUAGAUUAUCAUGAAAUCCUUGUGCGAGUCUUGGUUUGUUAUGUGCUUCAAGAUUCAAGACAAUACAUUUAUUUUUACCCUUUGAGUUAGGUGUCUUUGACUGUCAAAGUAGGGCCUUAAUUCUCGUUCGAUGAUCGUCAUCACUAAUCGUGUUUGGGUUUUGUCCUUGACCUUGCUUAGAGUUCUCAAUGGGAAGUUUUGUUUAGGUUUUAGUGCUUGAAGAUUUGUUUUACUAGUACUUUGCAUUUAUUUUAUCACCUAAAUUCAUGUCAUUCAUGAGUUCAAAUCUUAAAUAUUUUUUCUCGAACCUUUCGAUUGAUAGUAAGUAAAUAAGUAAGUAAGUAACAACUUUAUUUAAAGAAAGUGGGGAAUCUCCAUCUAUUCCUCAAACCUACUCUUUUCACUAUGUAAACUCGAAUACCCGGUUGACAUUGUUCAUCCUCUCUCUUUAGUUAAACAAGAGGAAGCCAGCGAAAUUUUCACUGGCGGGGAAAUUGGCGAAUGGAAACUCAUCCAACAAGUGUCUGACCCUUUUUUCCUGAGAAAUUCUCGAUUUGACUCAGCUACAGGCAGGUUCAAGGCUAAAGAAGAUGGUCUUUACCUCAUCAGUGCAAUAAUGUUAAUACUUCACUCAGGAUUAUCUCAAAUCAGAAUGGCCUUUGUAGCAGACGGACAGUCCAUUAAUGUAACAACCUUUCAGUCAAAUUCUUUAAAUUCAAAAAGUGGUGCCUUUGUCAGCACGCUGACGCUAUCCAGUACAGUACACCUUUAUCCAAAUCAGAAAGUUUCGACAUUUAUCGACUUACUUGGCCAAAACAGUUUCUCGUGUAAAGUACUGCCAAACAGUAGUUUUUCCGCCGUUUUAGUUUCUCGAUGGGAAAGUGAUUACACUGCCGGAUUUUUGGCAACCGCAAUCUAUGACGCAUUUGGGCAGACGGGAUAUAAGAAAGUCGCCGACUGGAAAUCUGUGCCGUCAGUUUCUAAAAAGUACAAGAUAACGCCUUCCACUUCAAUAAAUAUCAAGAACAGUGGCUUAUAUUUUCUGCAGAGCGUUUUAAUUAUAGAAGAUUAUGAGGGUGACAAGGCUUUUGAUAGUGGAGUUUGUAUCAAUGGGAUAAUUGCUCAUAAUGGCAUCUCGGCGUCGAAACUCAGUGACGUACAGAAGAGUGGCAAAUUUGUCAUUAGUGCAUUUGGAGUGAUAUUCCUGAGAAAAGGACAGAAUAUUAGCCCAUGCAUAAAAUCUAAGAAAAGAUCUCCUUUCGCCACCAUAAAAGAUUCGUGGUUUUCGAUAGUGCGUUUUCUUCCGCGUCGUCAAACUCCAGGUUUUCAUCAAAUUCUCGAGGAUGGCAAUAAUAAAAAAGUGUUCCCGGGAUGCUCAGUAACAGGAUUUAUGUCAAGGGGUGGAGGCCAACUGGCCUACAUAAAUGGCGACAUAUACAAACCAAAUCCGACAUCACCGAAUGAUAAAGGAAACUUCACUGCACCUGUGAAAGGUACUUACUUGAUAUCUCUCUUGUUCACUCUAAAUGGAAACCUCACUGCAAAUGUCACUGCGUGUGUUGGAAGUCAAAAGUCUGCAGGGUGUCUCGUUAAAAUUUAUGACACUUGGAGAAAAAGAAACUACACCUUUGGGUUCGUUGGACUGAUUGACCUAGAAAAGAACGAAAUAAUUUCAGUCUGUCUUCAGCCUAAAACUGAGAUAUCGUCUCUAAUAGGAGUCACGAUAUCCGUUGAAUUUCGAGGUCAAGCUAACACAACUGUUCAACUAAAGCAUAUCUCCGACUGGUCAAGUUCUACAGGAUGGCAAGAGUUAACUCAGUGGAGAACUCGUGGUGGAUACUCCGUAGAUAAACUUUACGUGAUGGAAAGUGGGCUAUAUAUUCUCUCAAUUAAUUUGCAGAUAAAAGCAGGCGAAAGAAGCCUCUUUGGAGUGAAGUUUGAUGCUAGAGGAUUGUCAAAUCGCAGUGUUUUAUCUGUUUUAGCACACUCCGAAGGAGACGCUAUUGUGUCAUAUAGUGCUGCUGUCGUUGCUCGUCUGAAUGAAUCUGAAACGAUGGCUGCUUCUGUUUACUCCGAUUCGCAAUCAUUACUUGUAACAAACACCACAAUGUUUGCUGCAUUGGUAACUUCAAAUGACAAAUACUCCUGCUUAACACUGCGAUCGAAAACAAGCCAUUACAUCAGUGGAACAUGGUGGAAAGCUAUCGGAGAUUGGGAAAACUUUGAUGAAAAGUGCAAGUCUUCGAACUCAGAUUUCAUAAAAGGAAUAUUUGUUGCUGAACUACCGGGUAUUUACUUCCUGGCUACCACAGUUGUCGUGAAGACGUCACAUUUAUCAAAUCAAACAAGGUAAUUUGAUCUUUCCACUAAUUUUCUAUAGUGUGCUUUCGAGGAGUAAGAUUUUCCGUGUGCAUUUCUUUAAAGCAGCUGCGAAAGAAGAUGGGGUGCAAAUGAUCCACAAAUUGAAACGCAAAUGAUGCGGGACCGAAAAUGAUCUCAGAGGAAAAAAAGGCAAAUUAUCCCAUUGAAAAAACCGGAAUGACAUGGAGUUUGGGGUGGCGUGUUACUGUGGCACAUCAACUAUUCGUAGUUUCCUUCAUUUUUAACUACUUUAGUAAAUAACUAUCGCAACGAACAAAAGCGUAGAAAAUGCAGUCAGCAAAUACAAGUAUUAAGCCGAUAGAAGAUUUAAAACAAACGUCCUUCUUUAGCAAAAAAUGGAUUCAAAUUCACAUCGUGACAAAACUCUAUUGGCCAUGGUCUUGAAAUCAUACUGAAAAUGGGUAUGGGGCGAAAACAGACCCCAGAGACUGGUGAAAAGACGAUUCAAAGGAAGCUUAGGAAAAUUACAUUUUCUAAUGAUUUUGAGAGCUACUUUUGAUUCUCGACGUCGAAUCCUCAACCCUUGACUAAAAAACAAAAAGCUAUCAACUGAGACAUUUUCGGCUCUUAGCAGACCUUUUUUAACGCAUGUGUAAUUCACCCAUGGUGCUGCUAUAUCUAUAUAAAUACGUUUUACUUCCGCAAAAACUUUAUUUCUCUCUCUUUAUCUUUAUAGAUAUAGAGAAUUUAAUUCAGCGUACGAUGUAUAACAGAUAGCAAUAUGUAAAACUUAUGGAAAAUAUCAUUGCCACAGGCUUUUUCAACACGAUCAUUUUCGAGCAGUACAGUUUACCCUUUCGCCGCCGUAAAUUGGACAUUGCACGAUUUUUGAAGGCCUUGUGUACUUGUCGCUGGGUAUCUUUGAUAGCGUUAAUUGUUAUUAAUCUCCGUUCGCGUCUUUCAUUUUCUGGUAGACAGCGUUUAUGACGCUUUGAAACUAUUUCCCCCAGAGUCGAUUGUAUAAAAAUGCUGGCAUAUCGUUUUCGUAUGGAUGGAUCCAAACGAAGGUUUCCGUGUAAGAUGUCGUGACUUAGGCGGCUAAGCAUAAUUGAGGGCCAAGAUUUCAAACUGACAAACUGAUCUUUUUCAUUAUAGGUCGAAAUAUGUCCGGUCAUGAACAUUUAGAAAUUUAGUUUCGUUUCGGCCUCUCUUUUAAAAAUGAUGUACACUUGCCAAAUAAAUCCUCAUAAAAGCAUGCUAGCUUGUACUUACAACUGGUUUUAAAAAGGGAAUGGUCAAACGACGUGGAAUGACUUUGGGUGUUCUCUAUACUCACUCCGGUGCCAGGUUUGGAUGUCUUUUUGAUGGCGGUCAACUUGCAUUUGUAAGAUAUUACUAUUUCAAAUUGUAAACAGACUGGCAAUUUUAUUGCCAUUUGUGAUCAAAGCAGACGAUUGGAGAGAGAACAACAUGUCGAUUGCUGGCAAACUGUGUCAUUAUCAAUAGAACUACAAACUUCAUCAAAUGAGUCCAUCAGAUGAGCAAGCAGCUUAUGGAAACGAUAACUUCCGAUAAGAAAAUAUCCUUCAGUGGAAAAAUUGGGUCCUCCUCUAGCUUUGUAGGUCACGUCAACCUAAUGCCUAUGAACAGAAAUUAAUCCAAAAUUUCUACCCUCACGGUAGCAAGAAAAGAGAAUAAAACUGUUCUGCAUUCUUUUCUUUUCAUUCAAGAAUUAUGGAACUUCUACUUACCGUCAAUGGGGACGCGAUGAAUACCAAUGGAUUAAAAGCUACCAAAAGUGUGACUGAUGGCUUGUCAGUGAUCCUAAGUUUAUCUGCUACCGCUUACCUUGAGCAGUGGCAGACGUUGUAUUUGAUGAUUAGAAGCAGUGGCGAGGGUGAUUUUGAAGUAACCAAUGGAGGCGCAUUUAGCGUGGUACUAUUAGGUAAGACAGCAUAUCUCGUCGUUUUAUUUUAAAUGUGACCCGCUUCCCAAAUUUGGAAAAAGGGUCGUCUUAUGUCUAACUUAAAUUCAUGAUUUGCAAUGGAUUUGCUUCAAGUUUUGUUCCUGAACGUUAUUCUUCGACCUUUUCACAGACAUCAGUUACCAUUCUCGUGUGGAAUGAAAAAAUCAAUUCUUUAUUGUUUAGAAGUUCAAAAACUGUUUGAAAAGAUUUCUUUGAACUUCACUCAUGAUUAAAAAAGUGCUUACUACGUACUACUAAUUAGCCACGAUUGUACUUGAAGAACUGUCUUAAUAUUAUUAUCAUUAGUUGUAGUAGAAGUAGUAAUAAGUAACAGUAGUAGCAGUAGUAAUAGUAGAAGCAAUAGUAAUAGAAGCAGUAGUAGUAGUGGCAACAAUAGCAGAAGUAGUAUUAUCAGUAACCAUGUAGCAGUAGUAGUAGUUUAUGUAGUAGUAAUAAUAGUAGUAGCAGCAGCAGUAGUAGUAUAAGACUUUAGUUUUUACGGGUUUCCUACUCAGAUAAAAAACUUAGAAUCCUCAAAAAAACAAAACAAAGUAAGUUUUUCUAACUAAGAAAAGCUAUCAACUUGUAGUUAAAGUUUAACCUUUUUUACAAGGACGCUGUGUAUGAAUAUUACGCUAAAACACUUGAAAAUCUCAGUUUGGAAGAUUUUUUUGAAUGCAAUAAGCACAUAUCUUUUUUAAAAUCCCUAUAUAUAUUUUUAGAGGAGACAAGGCAGUACAAGACAAUAGGAAACAACAUUAUUCAGUUUGACAAAGGCCCACGUAUAAUACGUCAUCCACCAGCGUACACUAGUCUCGGCGGCGAUCUAGGAUUAAAUGUUUCAUGGAGAUGUGAUGCGGUAGCUAAGGGAAAUGUGUCUUAUCAAUGGCUAAAGAAUAACCAGGUACAUGUAAUGGACCAAAGAAUUGACCAGAAAGUGUAAAAAGCAUUGAAUUAAUCUAAGACCUUUUACGUAAGAGUUUUAAUAUCAAUAAAACAAAAAAGGUUCUUUAUUCCUUUUACAAAUAUUAAAAAAUGAAAUACAAUGUUAAACAAAUAGUGCAGCAUUGACUGUGCUCUGUUCUGUUUUAUAAAAUGUUCAGAGAAAUGCGCGCACCAUGAUUGGUCACGAGCUCAUUAUUAAAGAAAUAAAAAACUCUCAAGUGCACUAUUGAGUUAUAUAAGCAAUUAUAUAACUUUACAAUGCUCGAGGAACAUUUUUUAAAAUUUCUUUUAUAAAAUGUAUCUUGAAUUGCGUGCACUCGUACCGAUGGCAUAGGCUACGUGCAUUAGAUCUCAACGGUGCACUCGUGUGACGUAAGGCGCGUGCUAUAUGGAAAUAUAAUGAACUCGUUCUGACCAAUCACGGGGCGCUUUUCUCUGAACAUUUUGAGAUAGAGCAUGCUUUUUCAACCAAUGACAGCGCGCGUUAUGUUCAAGCUUUAUUUAUAAAAUAUAUUGACUUCAUUCCUGGUAAUGAUGAAAAAGUAGCAUGAUUCGUUUGGUUGAUACUCUAGUUAUGAGGUGGAUUGUUUUUGGUUUGUUUUGUUUUUCUCGUGAUGUUUUAACUUCGAGAUACGGAUCGCGACGUUUCGACUGCGUACUGCGAGUCUCUUAAGGCGAUAAGGUAGAUUGGUCACACCUCACCUAAUAAAGUAUCAUGAUUGCUAUGGUGGGGUGGUGGAUAGCGCGUUUUGAAUAUGUAUUCUGUCUGAAAAAAGGAUCAGUCUGCAGUCGAAACGUCGUGAUACUCAUUGAAGUAAGUUACACGAAAUAUACUCCAAUACUAAUUUCUUACCAAUUUUUAAUUUUUUCUUUCCUGUCUUUUCUGUAACAAUUUUUAGCCUUUUGCACCAUCUCAUGACCUGUCUCUUAUUAACGUGCAAGUAUCACACACGGGUCAAUAUGUCUGUUUGGCGGAAUAUGACGGCAUCAAGGUGUACUCAACACCAGCUGACCUUGAUGUGUUCGGUAAUAUCAAUGUAAAAUAGCCUUAAUCGAAAAUCAUGUACACUCUAUUUUGCUUGUCGUUGUUGCCGCUGUAACAUAGCUGUAAUAUGUUGCUAAUCACAUUUGUACAGAAAAUUGAUGCCUUUAAAAAUACUAGUACCGAUCGUGAUGAAUAUACAAAAUCCUUGUACUUAGAAGAGUUUUCUCAAAACUGUACUGUGUGCAAUCUUAUUCAAGGCUCUGAUAGUUUAUAUCUAAACCCUCAAUCUUUAGAUACCCUUCUUUCAAGAACCUGCUUCAAAGGAGGUUCUUUAUACCACCUCAUGUUAAAAAUUAUAGGGUUGCAUGAUGUUCACAAAUAUUGAGCAAACAUCAUCAUUUUAUCUCACUCAGGCAGCAACACUAAGUUCCUUAAAAAUCCUCUCGACCACAGUAAGCCAAAGUGUUAUUUGUAGGUGAACAAAAGGGAUCUGCAACACUGAAAAGUUUUCCAACACAUUAGAUCGGAACAAUUUGUUUCCUUCAUUCAUUUUUAUUAAUUUUAUCUAUUUUGCUGUAGACACCACGCCACAGUUUGAGACCAGAGAAUUUAAUGCCACAGAAAAUAAAAAUGCUUCAUUUGAGCUUCCUUUUAGUGCUUUGGACAAGGAACGCAUGGCUGCUAUUGUCUCUCUCGUCAUAGUUAAAGGUUGGUAAAGAAAACGGCAAAUAUCCUCUUACCUACAAGGUUGUUGCAUACCUUCAGGACUGAGCGGGUAACUUUAAAAAGUUUACCUCAAACAAUUUUUCAAAAUUCAGUCAAAUUAGGAGGUGCAUCAACAGAAAUGUGUCGGGGAUUUGAUAUUACUAAAUUUUCAGCUGAUUAAGCCUAGUCAGCCGAUUCUUUUCUUCCUUUUUUCUUAAACUGAUUCUCCUCACUUUUAACAGAGGUGAACCAAACAAAAACCAUAAAACGGCUUUUUAUUGUUUGGGUCCAGAACUGUUUCCAAAAAAAAAAAAUUAAUCGCAAGUUAGUAAAAUCGCGUUGAUCCACAACUUUUCAAAGUAAAUUUAUUCUGCUUUUAUAAACGAAAUUCUAGCUCCACAAGAUUGAAUGUGAUCUAAUGUGGGUACCAAGCCAAGCCAAAUAGGAGAUCUGUGGAUGUUAAUAUUAGUGUUUUUUCUUAUGGCUCCUAAUAUCACUGAGGUGAUAUUAGAAUAAUUUGAACAUGGAUUGUUCACCACAAACACUCCCUAGUUUUCCUUUCCUAACCUUUAUCUAAACUAACGCUAGAAAGCAAUAAUCAACAAGCCUGAGUCUUCGUGACGUUUGAAAAUCACAUUUCAAAUCUGCAAAUAGUGGUUUCAAGACAUCCUGCGUUUCGGCAUCCUACAUAACAUUAACAUUUUUAAGCGGUAUUAACUACUGAGACGUAGCCAUUGUAACGUAAUCAGAUAAUCCAACAAUUUCAAUCCAACUGUAAGUUGAUCAUUGCAAAGAUGCAUAGCAUAACACGUGUGCUUGCAUCUGGGAUAUCAGUUCUCGUUGUACUGCGCAAGCUCGUAGAGGCUUGUUACAAAGAACACAAUAACAGGAAACUGAAAAUGUAAAUAUAACUUGAAACGGAUGAACACUGACUAAAAAUGUUCACUGUUCAAGAUUGUUCCCUCAGCCUUCCCGGUUCCCUAGGUAGUAAAAUACCUCAGGUACGUAGGCCUCCUUAGUGGAAACAGGUGUGGGAACGCUUGGUGGAGCGGGCUGAGGAUCUGGCUGCAGGAACUCUGAAGAUUUAACAACUCCAUUAUUUUUGUUUGAUUCGAGAACGGGAACACUUGGCAAAACUAACUGGAACCUGGCUGCGAGGCAGCAGGCAUCUGCAAUGCUGAGGAUUCAGUUCGUAGCUGGGGUAUCCCCUUAGAGGGUCUCCUAGCGGGUAGUCGAAUCUGAGUAUCGACCUUUGACUGCACUCUAUCUUCGUCUCGCAUCCCUUAGAAGUUCUCAGGAACUUUGUAAAGAUGAGAACCAUUUGGGCGCUAUUCUACCAUCUUCUGUGCACACUAUAUAGGAACGUACCUCUACCUGACUACUAACUUGCCAGUACCACAUAUCAGACUUUGAAUGGUGGCAGCUACUUAGUUCCUCUGUCCUCGUAGAUGGACUUCUUAAGAUUCCUUUGUUUUAAUUUGAGCUUGACAUCAGAAAUAAUUUUUGGCUGAAGCAGAUGACUAGCCAUAGGCAGGGAAGUGCGAGUUCUGCGCGAAAAGAGACGCUGUGCGAGAGUGCCGUCCAUUCCUUCUGGGGUGUUCCUAAAGUUCAGUAGAGACAUGUGAGGGUCAUGGCUAGCAUCGAUGUUUUGCAGUUUUAACACUGUUCUCCGCCUUGCCGUUGGACAGCGGAUAUCAUGGCGAAGUUUUAAUGUGUUCAAACUGGUACUCCGCUGCAAACUUCUAAAAACUUCUUCAAACUUUGGUCCAUUGUCUGUGGUAAUAUGGUUCGGAAGCCCAUAUCUUGCAAGGAGCGGCAUUAGUUUGUCAAUAACCCCUCUGGUAGUCUAGAUGUCAGCAUAUCUAACUCGAAGAAAUUAGAGUAACGGUCAGUGGUAACCAGGUAGUCGUCAAACGUAUCGGCUGAAAUGCUUUGCUAUGGUCUUGUCGGUAUUUCUUAAAAAACUAGAGGUUCUCUCUGCUGUUCUUGUUUGUAGCUGUUUCAAAUGCUGCACCUUGAGAUGAUCUCUGUAAUUUGCUUGUAAAUGCCUGGCCAGUAGAAGGCUUCUCUAGCUCUCCUGAGACGCCCCUGAACGCCCAGGUGACCAGCACCUACUUUGUCUAUCAUGGAUUGCGUUAGGGUAGAUGGUACCAUUAUUCGCUCACCCUCGAACACGACACCUUGCUGUAUGGACAACUCUCCUCUGAAAGGAAAGUAUUCCUGCAACUUGAGUGGUACGUAUGGCCUGCUCUCUGGCCAGCCUUGUUUGAUCAUAGUGGCUAAUGCCUGAAGCUCUGCAUCAACUUCCAUGGCACUCUUGAUUUCUGAGAGAGUUAGUUGUCGAAUGGGAACAAACACAAUCAUAUCUACAUUCUCAGGCUCAAUUUCUGUUGGUGAACUCAUGUCAGUGACACUCCAUACUGCUUCUUUGUCACCACUUACUUGUUUAGCACAGGGAAGGAAGGCUCGGCUGAGGGGAUCUUCCAUGUGCAUUUCAGUGCCCUUUCUGUAUGAGACUUCACUGAGUCAAAUUUAUACAGACGCAACAGCAUUCUCUGCAACCGCUUUGGUACACUCAACAGACUCUUCUUCAUAAUGGAUUCUAGGGGUUUGUGGUCAGUGUCGAUAAAAGUCUUUCUACCAUAGACGUAGCCCUUAAACGCUCAACCCCGAAGGCAAUUGGUAAUAACUCCUUCUGGAUCUGGGCAUAGUUAGUUUCCGUAGGAGUGUGGGCCCUAGAGGCAUAAGCGACAGGGUGCCCCUCUUGUAGCAGACAGGCCCCUAAACCACUCAUGGAGGCAUCGCAUUGAAGUAUCGUCUUCUUUUGAGGAUCGAAGAACUUGAGCACUGGCGCUAGGGUUAAUACUUGCUUUACUUGCUCUAAGCACUUGCCAUGAACUCCUUCCUCCCAUACAAACUCAUUUUGCUUCUUGACAAGUUCUCUCAGUGGUUUUGCCAAAUCUGCUAGAUUGGGUGCAAACUUCUGUACGUAAUUUACCAUGCCUAGUACUCUCUGGACAUCUGCCCUAUCACUAGAGGACGGCAUUUUGUUGAUGUCUUUCAACUUGUUUGGAUCAGCGCCAAGACCCUCUGAAGAAUUAAUGUGGCCCAUGGAGCUGAAUUGUUUCUGUCUUACUUGCAUCUUCUCUGAAUUCAACUUGAUACCUUUCUGUCUACAGCGGUUGAACACCUCCCAAGGUUGCGGUCAUGACCUUCAAGGGCUCCUUCAUCCGUGUUGUCUGCUAUAGCUUUUUGCCCUGGUAACCCUUCAAGUGUAAUAUCAAUAAUAUUCAACUGUACGUGCCAGAACCCAUUUUUCGCAUCAAGUAAUAUGAACACACGGGCCUUUGAUAGGAGAGGCAGUACAUCAAGUAUUGUGGGUAAAGGGUAACGAUUUCUGCGUAGGGCUUCAUUUAAGGGUUUUGGGUCAAUGCACAGUCUGACUUGGCCAUUCUUCUUCGUUGUGAUCACCACUGCUGAAAUCCACUCAGUCGGUGAAUCGACCUUUCGAAUCAAUGAAAUAUCUGACAGUCUGUCCAAUUCUUGUUUUAGAGGUUCUCUGAAGACGAUUGGCACUCUCCGUGUAGUUAGCUGGACUGGUUGGACAUUCUGGUCGAUUUCCAGGUGGAGUUGUCCAUCCAGUUUGCAUUCUCCAGUGAACGCAUCCUUGUACUGCGACAUGCAGUCUUCCACCUUAGGACCUUCACUCCUCACGCCAUCCGAGUCCCCUCCAUGGAUAUUCUGUUUGUUGACAGUUAGAAAUUAAAGAUGUUCACUGGCUCUCAAGCCUAAAAUGGAUUUGCAUGCACCACUAACAAUAAGGAACUCAAUGCUGUACCUUUUAUCUUUCUUUGGGCUAACUAACUUCAGUCUUUUCUUGCCCAAAGGUUUAACUUCUGACUGGUUUUACAUUACAAGAGUCAUUGUGGUUUUCUCUAAUUCGUUGAAGCUGUUGUGCCCACAAAGCCUUGUCACCGUCUCAGCAGUCAUAAUGUUUACAGUUGAUCCACUGUCUACUUAAAACUUCUCCUCCUUUUUACGCGAGCAAAGAAGAGAAGAUGAGAAACUGUUCGUGACAUAUGAAUUUAAUGAUACCCUACUUGAAUUACAAAAUCAAAGAAAUUAGAAUGAAGUAUUGGCUUCCAGGUUACAAGUGCGAGGUUCUAGUGUAAAACCCAUUAAUAAAGUUUGGUUCUUACGCAAUUACCGUCAGUUGACAUGUUUCUCUCUUCGGUCAGUCCUGAAAUCUGCUAUUUCCAUGUAAAUCUAGUAAAAAUUUUCCAACUAUAGCCCUAGCUAACUUGAGUCUUAAUACUAAGUUUCUUCAAUUUUAUUUCUUGUUUAAAGAUGGCAAAUGAUAGCUGUUAUGAUUCUUUUCGGUACAAAACUCAACCUAUAUUUCACCUUUCUUAUAUUAUCCAGGAAACACGAAGGGUACGUUUGUACUAUUCCCUGAGGUAGCACAGGACAGAUUCAGUCUAAGAAAUCAAAUUCCAUUAGAUCACGAGGCCAUAAACCUGUUUCAACUGACACUUAAGGCUACCAAUCAGGACACGAAGAAAUCAACUGAAGUCGAAGUGACAAUUCAUAUUUUGGAUGAUAACGAUAAUAAACCGAUAUUCCAUAACAGGUGAGGUAUUGUGACAUGGCUCGUUGAUUUUUACCUCAUGGUGUAGCGUUUGUCAUAUUAUGAGGUUUAAGUAUGGAGGAAAAAUUCACUCACACACUCACUUUAUUUCUUCAUUUGUUCAACAAUUAGUUCAGACAUUAAAACCCGGAUUAAACCUGCUAUCUCAUGCCUCCCCUAGUAGAUUUGCUUCUCUACUAAAAGUCAUGCUAUUGUCUUCUGUUCAAAUAUUUGGGGGAGGGGGGUGGUACAAAGGCCGAAAAUUUUGCCAGGGUGCAGGGAGUAAUCAAAAUUAUUCAAAAUACCUUGCAAAAUACCUGCCUUUGGGCCAGAGGCUUUCUUUUUGUUUCAUCCUUGAUCAAAAUACAUUCGUGUAGACCCUCCAAACGAAGAGGAAAUUUGCGCAAGAAUUGGAGAGUAAAGGGCUUCAAAGUCUUGAAAUUGAUGUUGACAAUAGUCCCAACUAUUCACAUUGAAAUAUUUGUUGGACCGAAGGCGAAAAUCAUCGAGGUUUUUCCUUCUUUUUGCUCCAUUCUUGAUCAAAAUACACCCGUGUAGAACUUACACACGAAGAGGAAAUUUGUGUGAGAAUACUCAAUUGGCAAGAAAAGGGCUUCAAAGUCUUAAAAUCGACAAUGACAGCAGGCCCAACGAUAGAUAUGGCAAUAUUUUGUCGCGCUGCAUGUGCGAUUUUAAUUCAUGCCUUUAAGUUGAUUAUCAGGUAUCCAUUUGGCUGCCACAUGGUUAUAUGUUGCUUAUAUUUGGCUCAUAUCUUGAGGUUUUAAAGGUAUUUAUUUCAUUUGAACUUUUUAUGCGAUUUCAUCCUUUCCUCAAGCUGACUUUCGGUAUCUGUUUUGGCCACAUUUUGCAUAUAUUUGGGAGGUUAUUUACCAUGUUUUGGGUUUUUACAGAUCACGUCGAAUUAAUCCUUUCUUUUUAUCACGCAAUCACCUUGCGAGCUAUUUAACGCGCGGUUAAAUUAUAUUACUUGCUUAGGCAUAGAUAGAAUUGGCCGUCGUUUAGUCCCGAUAUUUUUGUCUCUGUUUGGCCUCUAUUUUAUCUGACCUUAAAAUGUAGGUCUCUAACACAUUUAAAGUUGAUAAUAAGCUGGUCAUUUAAAGAAACGUCACGCGCUGAGGAGAUGACAAAGAUUUCAAGUUCUCACCCAUUUAUUGUUUAAUUAAAAUGUAACAUAAAUUUUAUUGCAUUACAGGUUUUUUUCCAGCGUUUUCCGAAAAGUUGUAAAGUAACAUUUCAAUUUUAAUCUCACUAAUAGGACUGUGAACAUUUCUGUCGAGGAAAACGUAGCAAAUGGAACUUUCAUAUAUCAAGUGAAAGCGAUUGAUAAAGAUUCUGGGAACAAUUCGAGAAUAAAGUAUACUCUGCUGUCAGGGGAGUAUAAGGAAAACUUCGUUAUUGAUGCCUCAUCUGGAAAUGUCUCUGUCAACGGAAACCUUGAUCGUGAAAGCAGGGGUGAUUUCACACUCCUAAUCCAGGCGACGGAUGGAAAGUUUCGAUCAAACAUGAGCUUAUUAAUAACAAUAUUGGACGUGAACGAAUUCCAACCAGUGUUUAAUCCACAGUAUUAUAAAAGAAACAUUUCAGAAAUGGCUUCAUUUGGGACGCCGAUCAUUCGAGUUUCUGCCACAGACGAGGACUCAGCAGAGAAUUCCAUAAUACAUUAUAAAAUCAUUAGCGGUAAUAUUAAUGGCACUUUCGGCAUCAGUGAAACAAACGGAACGAUUUUGCUUCAAAAAUCAUUAGAUUACGAGACACUGAGCGGUUACAAACUUCUUGUAGAGGUCUCCGACGGUAAAUAUAAUUCAACCGCGAACGUUUCAAUUCAAGUCGAAGAUUUCAAUGACAAUAGUCCGUACUUCACGAAAAACCUUUUUUCAACUACCAUUUCAGAUGAUAUUCCUAUAGGAUUUGUGGUAAUGAAUUUGACAGCACUAGACAGCGAUAGUGGCUGUAAUGGAUACGUGACGUAUUCGUUAGCGGAAAACCUGCGGGAAAACGACCAUCUACAUCUAUUCCAUGUCAUUCCUACAAGUGGAGCCAUCAUAACUUUAGACAAACUCAAACUGAACGCACCCCUAGUUAAAUACAGGUUUUCUGUCAUCGCUAGUGACCAUGGUAUUCCGAGUAGGCAAUCGCGUGUAAACGUCACGAUUAUCGUGGAAGAUGCAAACAACUCUCCCCCUGUGUUCACAGAUUGCCCAGACAUUAUAGUAAUAGGGUCAACCAAACCAGAACAGCACUUCUUUAAUGUCUCGGCUUCCGAUGCCGAUUAUGGAUCCAAUGCCAACAUCGGUUACUUUAUUGACGAUGGACCAUCCUCAGAAAUGUGUUCUUCAAACUCAAACAUGUUUCAAGUUGAUGAAAAGGGAGCAGUUCGUAACGUACAAGAGCUGGAGGAGAAAUGUAUUUAUAACAUAACCAUAUGUGCGACGGACGGAGUGAAAUUUGAUCGAUGCACAGUUACUUUACGCGUCAAUCUGCCUGAUGAACCCACUGCCGUAGAAAGGACAGGUGAGCUAGCUUUUUUGCCCAACACCUUCAUCUCAGGGUUACGAAUUUGGCUGAUGCAUUUAUCUUUACGUGAAAAGUGUAUUUCAUUUUAUUUCUUCUUUUACCAAAACACUGUUUGGUAGCUUUUCUUUUAGAGUCACGUCUCCGUGAUCUUGAAAAUGGUCACUUUCCCACCACACAAUGAAGGGAAAUAAAGUGUUAAAACUGAAUAGGGGUCUGUUCUUGACCUUAAUCCAUCACCCUUUGUUUCGCAAAUGCCUGCUAAAAGCGUCAAGACCCCACGCAUCUUACCAUCAUCAAAUCUUACGAACGAGCGCACCUUUUCAACUGAACGUAAGUCGUCUUAUUUAGGAUACGUAUUUAUGAGGGUUGUCUUCAAGUUUCAGCCUUUACCUUGACGUAUGCAUCGAGUGUGGUUGAUUAAGGCGUCAAACUGACUAUGCACCGAGAAAUUUAAAACAUAUUUUGGUCAUCGUUUCGUGACGUAACGUAUUUCGGAGCUACUUCUGUUAUGGAGACAGAUAUCCAAUUUUACAACAGAUAUCUGAAAUUUUUCUGACUCAUUUUCUUUUCCUGUCCUCAGAUGAUCCUCAGGGCACGCAAAUAAUUGUCCUGAGCAUUAUAGGCGUCCUCCUAAGCGGUUUUAUUUUGGGUCUGAUCAUUAUUUGUUGCUUCCGAAGGAGAAGAAUAAGGUAUGUGUAAUGGCUUUAAUUUUCUUAAUCUAAGAAUAAGGUAUUUACGAGAAGAAAAAAAGUUGGAUUGAGCAAUAUCCGAAAAAAGGAGAAAAAUUUAAAAAUGUGAAAUCUGAGUGUAAAGACAAUAGCUUCAUACAACGAAAGGGGAUCUAGACGAUUUUAUAAUAAAGUUCGGAUAUAACGCGCGCUGUCAUUGGUUGAAAGAGCGUGCUCUAUGAGAGUAUAGAGCAUAGAGCUGAGCUAAAGCUGUCACGCCAUCUGCCAUAUUGUAGCAUGUUCGACCUUUUCCGGGACUUCUUUUUAGCUUUUUUCCGAUAAUUGAAGGUGAAAUUUCGGAACAAGCGAGCCGGCAAGUAGCAACAGAAGAACCAAACAAACGUUUGUAAACAUACCAGGCGCCGUGAUUUACGUUAUUAAAACGUGAGCAGAUACGAAAAUCCUCAAAGGAAAAACAAAAUAGACAUUCCGAGUUUAAAGAUUUUCACGCUCAGUUAGAUUGCAAGCUUACGUACGGUAAUAAAAAUCAAACACAGCUAACACUCAUAUAGUAUAUAAAGUUCAGUGUUCAAAAACAAAACAGAAAAAAAACAGAAAUGAUGAAAAAUAUAACCAAACUGGCAUAAUUGUUAAAAUUCAUACUAAUCAUGACGAUGUCUGAGAGAAUAUGAUCAUGCUGAAGUUCAUCGCGGCUCGCUCAUCAUGGCGAUCUCCAGUCAUCACAAUAAAGCAAGCCUCAGAAACUACAUCGGCCGCCCUUCGAGUGAAAAAAUAAGAGCUUGCUCUGAUAUCCUUUCCGAUACGUUGAGUGGAAAGUCACAUCAGUCACUGCAGCCGAGUUUUGCGGCGCUGUCAUCCCGCGCGAUCUUCAUGUUCUGGUGAAUUCGGUUGUCGUUCAUUCAACAAGCACUCGCCUUGAACAGUUUGUUUUCUACCUUGUCAUGUGAAAAAACUCACGUGUUUUUAUGAGCCAUAAUUCGGCUGAAGUUCACUGAACAUUUCACUUCAAGAUUCUGUAUUAGAGACUUAAAAACUUCAAGCAAAAGUGAGUGUUAAAUUCGACUUGCCGAACUAUUUUAGUUUGUAAACUAUCGUAGAAUGUGAACUUUGAUGGUUUUGAACUUUUGGUUUGACACUUUUGACAGUCUUUGUACAGCCAAUCAGAUUAUUUGAACCAUUCUAACAGGGAUUCUGAUUGACUUAUUGUAGCGUGCUUUAUGAGAGUAUAGAGCAUGCUGACGACACUGUUGUUCGCUUUGGAAAUAAAGUUUGUUUUGAAAAUUGAAUGUAAUGCUUGGGCAAUUUAACGGAUUCUUUAUUAUAAAACAAAUAGAGAAGCCUUGACUGUACUCUGUUCUGUUAUAUAGCACUUAGGAAGCGGCUAGAGCACUCAAGAAGUGGGAAGAAACACUCGACUGCGUCUCGUGUUUCUCCCUACACUUCUUUCGUGCUCUAGCCGCUCCUGCGUGCUUUAUAACAGAACAGAGCACAGUCAAGGCUUCUCUAUUUGUUAAAUAGCGUUAAAAAAUGUCUUCUAAUCAUAUAUAUAUAUAUAUUUAUGAACAGUGUUUAUGCAAUGGCGAAGAAAGACAGAAACAAGGCUGAAUCUGAAUUGUAACAAUUUACUGGAUGCAAUGAAAACAGAAUGGCGCAGUAGGAGCGGGGUACGUGGAAUGCGGAACUAGUGGUCAGCAUUAUUUUAUAUAAACUUAAAACAUCUCAGGAUUAUUCUAAGGGUUAAGUGGUAGCGGUAGGACUACAGAUGAAAUUUACGAUUCGAAUUAAAAAAUGAAAUAACUUCUUUAGAAAACCGUUGUACCUUUGGUGCGUCAUUCGAUUUUUUAACAUAUGUUCUGCAAAUCAUUAAAUUCAAUUUCAAAAUACAUUCCAAGUUGAUAACGGAUUGAAAAAAAAAACAUUUAAUAGAUAUCAAGAUCCUGAUAUCGUUCUUUUUUAUACCAUUUUUCUCUCUCUCUGUUGUGUAGCAUUCAGUAAGCUAUGGUCUUCUAUGUUUGAUCAUUUGAUCUGAAUAGAGAUACUGCAUGGUUGAAUAAUGACUUCAGAGCAUUGCCGCCACGAAAACGUGCUGUUAGAAGGCCAUAACGCCUACGUCAAAUUAGUUUAAAUGAUAAAUCAAUGCAUAACAACUGACGAAAGCUUGUAUCAAUUCAAAUUCUCUGCUUGAUUCUGAUCAUGAAAAUGUUGAAGAAUCUUCCGCUUCAAGCUAUGAAUCCGAUGAAGAAAAUCCAGAGCCUGGGGACAGGAAUUUUUUCAUGACCGUGGAAGACGAAUUUCUCGUAUUAGUGAAAAUAGACUAGGAUUAUUUUACCCUGAUUUAUCUGUGAGAUUUAAUGUGUGUGAAGAAACUGUUUCUAUACUGUUCACAAUUUAGUUUAAUUACUUAUGUGAACGUUUUGGUGUGUUAAAGAUCUGGCCAGACAGAAAUUUUUUUGCUUAGCUCCCACAUACUCAAAGUUAAUUGAAAAAAAUCACAAGGAAUGUCAAUAGUAUGGCACAAAAGUGGUUAUGAGGUAAAUGGGAAGCAAUAACUUUAGAACCUCAUUUGUAUCACAUGUAAUACAUCAAGGUUUCUUGAAGUAUUAAUGAAAGAAUUUUAUACAUGCCAAAUAAGCUUCGUGUCUGGACAAUCUCUUUCCCUUUCCCAGUGGACAAAGGGCAGUAAAUAUUUCCCUGUAGAUUCUAUGUAGAGGCCCCCCCCCCUACAUGUAGCUGUUCAUUCAUAAUUUUUCUAAAAAGGCC